AUGGUACCAAAGAUUGCUGACUUUGGUAUAUCAAAGUUCCUUGAAGGAGUUACACAUGCUACCACUAGUAACCUUGCAGUAUCACUAGGAUACUGCCCUCCUGAAUUCCUACGCUUUGGCAAGGUUUCCUUGAAGACGGAUGUAUAUAGCUUGGGUGUUAUAAUAAUAGAGAUUGUGACUGGUUACAGGGAAGACCCGAGCAUUAAAAAUAUACUUAGAAGAUGGAGGUACCGGUGGAACAAAUCGGGGAAUUAUAGACCAAUAGCAGAAGAACAAAUACAAAAAUGCAUCAAUGUAGCAGCAAGGUGCAUGGCAGAAAAUCCGAAGAGAAGACCUUACAUAUGGAAUAUAGUCGAUGAUCUUAGAGAAGUGGAGCCUACGAUUGGGCACAUCAAUUUUCGAAGUGCCCAUGAUUCUACAGCUAGCCAGAUUAGCCCUUGCCCCAUGGAGAUGCUUGGAAUCGAGCCGCUGGAACCUCAUUUCCCAUUUGAGCCAAACAAACAGAGAACAUGCUCACUGGAGCUAACCAACGAGAGGGAUGAUACCAUCGGCUUCCGCAUCGACACCAGUGGGCCACGGAGGUACCAUGUAAAGCCAAACAAAGGUGUCGUGCCGCCACGAUCCAAGUGUACUGUCUGCAUAACAGUUCAGGCACAUGAGAAGACACCGCAAGGCACGCUGUGCAAAGACGAGUUCGUCGUGUGGAGCACAAGCGUGGAUGACGGUCUCGCAGCUGAGGAUAUCAUCGAAGGCAUGUUCGACGAAGAGGGCGGUAAAGAGGUUGAUGAGGUGAAUCUAUCAGUCUUUUUUGACCCACCACCAUUCACGUAACUACAAUCUUCUCCACACGCUGCCAACUCUAACUGGAAGGAGACU